AUGGGGGACACCCCAGAGAGAGGGAGAGCCCAGAGGAGGCGCUUGAACAAGCCGGGACCAUCUGAGAUGUAUCAGCUGAAACCAGAAGGCCCCACUAGCAUGGGCAGUCUGACCUACCGUGAGGACCGUGAGGAGGAGAACUCAGGUGCAUCAUUUACCUGGGAGGUGAAGGCCAACAACCGGGCCUACAACAACCAGUUCAAGGAGAAGUCCUUCCUGUGUUGGCAGAGGAAGAAGUACAAGGGCAACAUCAUCCACACGGCCAAAUACAACUUCUUCUCCUUCCUGCCCUUGAACCUGUACGAGCAGUUUCACCACGUGUCCAACCUCUACUUCCUUCUUAUCAUCAUCCUCCAGGGGAUCCCUGAUAUCUCCACGCUGCCUUGGUUCACCCUCUUCACCCCAUUUAUCUGCCUUCUUGUCAUCCGGGGCACCCGAGACCUGGUGGACGACAUCGGGCGACACAGGAGCGACAACACCAUCAACAACAGGCCCUGCCAGAUGCUGGUGGGGAAGAGAUUCUUGUGCAAAAAAUGGAAGAAACUGCAUGUGGGGGACCUCGUCUGUCUUCACAAAGACAACAUCAUCCCGGCUGACAUGCUCUUGCUGGCCAGCACGGAGCCCAACAGCUUGUGCUACGUGGAGACAGCUGACAUCGAUGGGGAGACAAACUUGAAGUUCAGGCAGGCCCUGAUGGUCACCCAUGACAAGCUGACCAAUUUAAGGAAGGUGGCUUCCUUCCAAGGCAAGGUGGUGUGUGAGGAACCCAACAGCCGGAUGCACCACUUUGUGGGGUGCCUGGAGUGGGAGGGCAAGAAAUACCCCCUGGAUAUUGGCAACAUCCUCCUACGUGGCUGCAAGAUCCGAAACACGAACACCUGCUAUGGAAUGGUCAUCUAUGCCGGUUUUGACACAAAGAUCAUGAGGAACUGUGGCAAGAUCCAUCAGAAGAGAACCAAGAUAACCCGCCUGAUUAACAGGCUGGUGGUCCUGAUCUUCAUGACCCUGGUGCUGAUCUCUAUCGCCUUGACCUUGGGCUUCUGGUACAAGGUGACGGAAUUCAAGGCCAAGCACCACUACGUGUCCAAGAUGCAUGUGUACAGUGUGGCCACCGAGUCCUUCUUCAUCUUCUGGGGCUUCGUCAUCCUGCUCAGUGUCAUGGUGCCCAUGGCCAUGUUUAUCAUAGCUGAAUUCAUCUACCUGGGGAACAGCAUCUUCAUCAGCUGGGAUGUGCAGAUGUACUACGAGCCCCACGACAUGCCCGCCAAGGCCCGCACCACGAGCCUCAGUGACCAGCUGGGCCAGGUGGAGUAUAUCUUCUCAGACAAGACGGGCACACUCACAGAGAACAUCAUGACCUUCAAGAAAUGCUGCAUCAAUGGCAUCAUCUACGGCCCAGAUGAGAAGGAGACCCUACGUGAGGAGAACCCCUACCUGUGGAACAGGUUUGCCGAUGGGAAACUGCUUUUCCACAACGCGAGGCUCCUGAGCACCGUGCUUGACAAAAAAGAUCGGAUGGUGCAGGAGUUCUGGCGCCUGCUGGCCAUCUGCCACACCGUGAUGGUGCAACAGAAAGACAGUGAGAGACCAGACCAGCUGGUAUAUGAGGCAGCUUCCCCUGAUGAGGAGGCGCUGGUCACAGCGGCCAGGAAUUUCGGCUACGUGUUCCUGGCACGCACCCAGGACAGCAUUACGGUGAUGGAGCUGGGGGAGAAGCGAGUGUACCAGGUCCUGGCCAUGAUGGAUUUCAACAGCAUUCGAAAGCGGAUGUCUGUGCUGGUCCGCAACCCCGAGGGCUCCAUCUACCUCUACACGAAAGGCGCUGACACCGUCAUCUUUGAUCGCUUGUCCAAGAAGGGCUUGACAAAACGUACCACGGAGCAGGCCUUGACCUCGUUUGCGCAGCAGACGCUGCGCACGCUGUGCCUGGCCUACAAAAGGGUGGACGAGGACUUUUACGAAGAAUGGCACCAUCGGCUCCAGGAGGCUGGCAUCCUGCUUCAGAACCGGGCCCGCGCCCUGCACCAGGUGUACGAGGAGAUGGAGCAGAACCUCCAGCUGCUGGGGGCCACAGCCAUCGAGGACAAGCUCCAGGACGGGGUCCUUGAAACCAUCCAGUGUCUCAAGCAAGGAAACAUCAAAGUGUGGGUACUCACAGGGGACAAGCAAGAGACAGCAGUGAACAUCGGCUUUGCUUGCCAGCUGCUUUCUGAGGACAUGUUCAUUCUGGAGGAGAAAGAGAUAAUUCAGGUUCUGGAGGCCUACCGGGAGAACAACGGCCUGCUGAGUGGCAAGGGCUCUCUGAAGAGCUGGUUCCUGCCACAGGUCCAGGUGGCCAUGGUCAUCAGCGGGGAGUUCCUGGACCAGCUGUUGCUGCCCCUGCACAAUGAGCCCAGGACGCUGGUGCGAAGUGUGAACACGGACGUGGAGUCCUGGCAGGAGCGGGAGGAGAAGAGGACAAGCUUCGUACAGGCCAGGCGCAUGUCUCUGAUGUGGCGGAUCCUUGGGACCCAGCUGAGGAGCCCAGGGCCGGGGCGGCGGAGCAAGGACUCCGACAUGCACGAGAGCCCCGAGCUGUGGCGGGAGCGGGCCUUCAUGGCACUGGCCUUACAGUGCCAAGGCGUCAUCUGCUGCCGGUUCACGCCCCAGCAGAAAGCCUUGAUUGUGGCACUGGUCAAGCAAUACCAGAACGUGGUGACCCUGGCCAUCGGCGACGGCGCCAACGAUGUCAACAUGAUCAAGACUGCAGACAUCGGCGUGGGGCUGGCAGGAAAGGAGGGAAUGCAGGCCGUGCUGAGCAGUGACUACGUGCUGGCCCAGUUCUGCUUCCUGCGGCGGCUGCUGCUGGUGCACGGGCGCUGGUCCUACAUGCGCAUCUGCAAGUUCCUACGCUACUUUGUCUACAAGACGCUGGCCAGCAUGAUGGUCCAGAUCUGGUAUGCCUUCUACAGCGGUUUCACUGCCCAGCCCCUGUAUGAAGGCUGGUUCCUGGCACUGUACAACGUGCUGUACAGCACCCUUCCGGUUCUCUAUAUCGGGCUCUUCGAGCAGGACGUGAGUGCCGAGCAGAGCCUGGAGUUGCCUGAGCUGUAUGUCGCCGGCCAGAAGGACCAGCUCUUCAACUAUUGGGUCUUCCUCCAAGCCUUCGCCCAUGGCACGGCCACCUCUCUGAUCAACUUCUUCAUGACCCUGUGGAUCAGCUACGACACGGCUGGGCCGCUCAGCUUCAGUGACUAUCAGUCUUUCUCUGUGGUCGUGGCCCUCUCGUGCCUGCUGUCCAUCACCAUAGAGGUCGUGCUCAUCAUCAAGUAUUGGACGGUCCUGCUUGUGCUGGCCAUUUUCUUCAGCUUUUUCUUCUACGCGGUCAUAACGUGGGCCAGUCAGAGCUUCCAGCUCUUCAUAAUCUCGCCCAAGACCUUCCCGUUUCUGUAUGCUGACCACAACGUGAUGUCCCGCCCCUCCAUCCUGCUGGUGGUCCUGUUGAAUGUGUCACUGAACACCCUGCCUGUACUGGCCUUGCGUGUCAUUUACCAAGCCCUCAAGAAGCCAUACCCCAAGGAGGAGAAGGAAGCGACCCCGACAGAGGGGAUCAUCACGGUGGAGCCUCUGCCUUACAUAAAGCGGGUGUCACAUGCUCGUCGCUCCAGCUAUGCCUUCUCCCACCGGGAGGGCUAUGCACACCUCAUCACACAGGGCACAAUUCUUUGGGGGUCGCCAGGGGUCAACAGAGACAUGCUGUCUGAUCACAUGAGCCUACCCGAUGAAGAGUUGGACCCGAGCAGCAAGGAGUCACCCUGGUGCCACAGGAAGAUGUCAUUCCUGGGGAAGAAGAGGCACCAGCACCGGGGAAAGAUGUCUUUCCAUGAGAAGUUGCCGAUGAAGCAGGCGGGGCUAUAUUCUCCUCCCGAUAGUCUGCCCACAACCAAGGAGAGGCCACCGUCACCCAGAGAAAGCCAGCUGCCACUUUCUGAGAGCCAGCCACUGCCUUCAGGCCAGUCCUCUUCAGAAUGCCAGCCAGCAUCCUUGGAGGAGAAGAUGACCUUUUGGAAGAUGUCGCUGCUGUCCCGGAAAAGUUGGCCAUUUAUCGGGCAAAAGGAGCCCCAGCCCCAACAGGAGGAGAAGGCACCACUUCCCAACAAGACCCACACUCCUGUGGUGGAAACUCUGCCACCAAGUAGGGGAGACUCGUCCACAAGCCAGCAGUCAAUGGAGGUGGAGCCCUCACCUGCCGAGAGGCAGCCGUCACCCGUGGAGUGGCUGCCAGUGCCUGGUGGGAGCCAAGUUCCACCUAUUCUGAUAGGACAGCCACCCCUGCCUCAUGAGGAACAGUGA